UGGGUCUCAGAAAAUUACCGCGAUCGAUUUGUCAUGGAAAAGAAUAUUCGAUGAACGUCAAAAAGGGGAAAUAUCAAUGCAAAAAAAACUAGGGUAUACAAAUAAUGAGAUUUCUCUAGUUCUCGUUCUUCUGUACUACGAGUAUGGGAAGCACACUAGUCCUAAGGAACGAACCGGUCGACCACGAAUUUUUAACACAUUUGCACGCAAACAACUCAAGCUUUCAGUGGUCCAAAAUAAAAAUACUCGUCACCAAACUCUUUCUCAAAUACGUCUAAACUAUAAACAAACUAUCUCUACACAAACUAUUCAUAAUGAAUUAGCUAAGGAAGAAGCAGUCGCUCAUGAAUAUUGGACAGUAGAAGACUUUAAAAAAUCAUUUGGUCAGAUGAAACUACUUACACACAGUUUCAAACUUCGAGUUUUGGACGUCCCUCAAGUAUUCACAUUGGAAAGGUGGGUUAAGGAGAAAUGGGAUGCGGUACCGGAGAGUUAUUACCGCGAUUUAAUUGAAUCUAUGCCACGACGGAUUCAAGCUGUUAUUGCAGCGAAUGGGGUAACUCACAAUUUUACUAUGAUAACUACUCUCGAACUCCAAGUGAAAAUACUCGGCAUGAAAUUUAAGAUACUGGAUAUUGAUACCUUGUCGAAAGCAG